AUAGACUUUGAUUAAACCCUAAAACCUCGGCCGUGGCUCGAAGAAGCUAUUGUACAACUCGGAUUCCGCUCUAGGGUUUUUGGCCUCCAACACUUCUCUGCCAAAUUCCCAAAUCUUCUCUGCUUCAUCUCCCAAAACAUUUGAUCUUUCGGAUAGGGUUUCUGUUUCCUUCCUCAAGAUUUGCAACAUUGGUUCCAGCGAACGGAUUUUGUACUCAGUGAGAUCUUUUGGUUUCAAUGGCUAGCAAGAAGAGAACCGGCGGCGAAGCAUCGGAGGAAGUAGAGAACAAUCCCGCUGAUGUGCCGGCGAAAAAGAAACUGAAGAAUGAUAAGCGAAAGAGCCGGGAGAUUUCUGAUUCCGGCGACGCAAAUUCUCCGGCGGCGGCUCCCCCCGGUGUUGCGAGCUCAGCCAAAGACAUGGAGAAGAAGAAGAAGAGGAAAGCUUCAGACAAAGAAAGAAAACGCGCCGCUCUGGAGAAAGAUGAAGGAGCUUCUGGGCCCGGAGCAGUGGUUGUCAACUCGAAAGCAGAGGAAGCUGAUAAAUAUGUUGCUUCAUCGUCUUCUUCGAGUGGAGGGUUGCCGGAGUUGCCUCUGAACUAUUUCAGGGACUUGGCUUCAGCCGACGCAAGUGUGAGAAAAACAGCAGCCGAGUCUUUGCUGUUAAGGUUGCAAGAGAUCCAGAAACAGUAUGAGAUGCUGCCUGAUAAGGAUUCUGUAAAUGGAGGGUUGAUGUUGGAAGCUGAAAAAAACGACGGGUUGGAUGAUUGUGCACCACAUUUGAGAUACACCAUACGUAGGCUUAUUCGUGGUGUGUCAUCUUCGAGAGAGUGUGCGAGGCAAGGGUUUGCCUUGGGCUUGACGUUGCCUGUCGGUCUAAUUCCUAACAUCAAGGUGGAGUCGCUGAUGAAACUCAUUGUUGAUUCUUUGGCAGUAUCUUCAUCCAUGAAGGGCCAAGAUGUAAAGGAAUGCCUCUUGGGUCGACUCUUUGCUUAUGGUGCAGUUGCACGGUCUGGAAGGCUGAGCAAAGAUUGGGAAUCUGAUAAAGAAACUCCGAUCAUCAUAGAAUUUAUAAAUGCCAUUAUCUGUCUUGCUGCAAAGAAGCGAUACCUGCAAGAGCCAGCUGUCCAUGUUCUUCUAGACCUGGCUGGGAAGUUACCUUCUGAAGCAUUGUCGAAUCAUGUCAUUGAAGCGCCAGAACUUCAUAAAUGGUUUGAGCAAGCUACUGAGGUUGGAAAUCCAGAUGCUUUGCUUUUAGCUCUUAAACUCCGUGAAAAGAUUUCAGUUGAGCACCCUGUGUUUGGCAAGCUUCUACCUGUCCCUUUCAGCCCAGCGAAAUUUUUUUCCGCGGAUCAUCUCUCAUCAAUCGCUAAUUGCUUUAAGGAAUCUACAUUCUGUCAGCCUCGAGUUCAUAGCUUAUGGCAUGUUGUUGUCGAUAUGCUAUUACCGGAAACAGUUGUUCACAAAGAAGAUGACACAUCCCUUUCGAAUCCCUCUAAAAAAGGAAAGCGAGUCCGCAAGUCCAGCCCCUUUGAAGAAGAAAUGACAAAGAACAUCCAGAAUUUCUGCGAAAUCAUUAUUGAAGGAACCCUUCUUUCUUCAUCUCAUGAUCGUAAGCACUUGGCUUUUGACAUUCUGCUUCUUCUUCUUCCAAGGCUUCCAGCAAGUUUUGUCCCGUCUGUUCUAUCGUACAAAUUUGUCCAGUGCCUCAUGGAUAUACUUUCCACAAAGGACUCUUGGCUGCAUAAAGUUGCCCUGCAUUUUCGCGGGGUGUUGCUUGAUUGGGUGAGAAAUGAUGAUGCAAGAAGAGUAGCUGUUACAAUGGCUUUUCAGAAACACAGUGAUGGAAAAUUCGACACUAUUACACGGACAAAAACUAUCAAAGAGUUAACUGCAGAGUUUGAAACGGAGGAUGGUUGCACACUUUUCCUUCAGAACUUGAUGAACUUGUUUGUGGAUGAACAACGUUCUCCAGGGGAACCUUCAAAUAUGAAAUGGGCCUUAGAACCUUGCUCCCUAAAUUCAGAUCAGAGUCAAACAACAGAUGACAACUCAGAGAUAGGUUCAAACGAGGAGAAGGACUCAUUUGGGACAGCAGGAAAUUCAGAUCUUUUGAAAAGCUGGGUUAUUGAAUCUCUCCCUGGCAUUUUAAAGCAUGCCAAAUUGGCUCCAGAGGCAAAAUGUCGGUUGCAAAAGCAAAUACUGAAAUUCCUAGCUGUUCAAGGUCUAUUUCGGGCUUCACUUGGUACUGAAGUUACGUCAUUUGAGUUGCAGGAGAAAUUCAAAUGGCCCAAGACAGCUGCUCCUACUGCACUUUGCAAAAUGUGUAUCGAGCAGCUGCUGCUGUUGCUUUCGAAUUCCCAAAAGGUCGAGGAUUCACUGCCUAAGGAAAAUGGCCUUGAGCCUGAUGAUCUCGGUUCAUACUUCAUGAAAUUCCUUAGCACUUUACAAAAUAUUCCUUCUGUUUCUCUUUUCCGCUCCUUGAAUGAAGCAGAUGAGAAGGCCAUCAAAGAAUUGCAGGAAACAGAAAGCAAAUUGUCGAGAGAGGAAAGGAAUUGUGGAUUAUCUGCUGAUUCAAAUAAGUUAUAUGCAAUGAGACACUUAAUUGUCCAAUUACUGCUUCAAGUACUCCUCCAUCCAGGGGAAUUCUCUGAAGCUGCAUAUGAACUUACAAUAUGCUGUGACAAAGCUUUCAGUUUAUCUGCUGGAGAAGGUGAGGCUGAUGAUGAAGCUCCAGAGGUAAUUGAUGUCCUUGUGGACACCUUACUUUCAUUGUUGCCACAGUCCUCGGCUCCAAUGCGAUCUGCCAUUGAGCAGGUUUUCAAAUACUUUUGCCAAGAUGUAACUGACGAUGGACUGCUGAGAAUGUUACGAGUGAUCAAGAAAGAUCUCAAACCAGCUAGGCACCAAGAACCAGAAUCCGAGGAUCUUGAUGAAGAAGACGAAGAUUGUCUGGCGAUUGAAGAGGAAGAGGAAGAUAUCGACGAGGCUGAAACAGGUGAGACGGGUGAGAGUGAUGAGCAGACAGAUGACUCUGAAACAGUAAUUGGCAUCCAAAAGGCCGACAAAGAAGAACUCCCAGAAAAUUCGGAUGAUUCCGAUUCUGAUGAAGGAAUGGAUGAUGAUGCCAUGUUCCGAAUGGACACUUAUCUUGCUCAGAUAUUCAAGGAGAAAAAGAAUCAGGCCGGCGGUGAAACUGCUCAGUCCCAGCUUGUUCUAUUUAAACUCCGUGUCCUCUCACUGCUCGAAAUCUACCUCCAUGAAAAUCCAGGUCAUGCACAUGUUCUCACAGUUUACUCAAACUUAGCUCAGGCGCUUGUCAACCCGAACACUGCAGAAAGCAGUGAGCAACUCAUGCAGCGUAUAUGGGGCAUUGUCCAGAAGAGAAUCUUCAAAGCAAAAGAAUUUCCCAAGGAUGAUUCAGUCCAGUUACCCAUUCUCGUCUCUUUGUUGGAGAAGAAUCUGAAACUGGCUGCUAAACCGUUCAAGAGGAAAAAAUCCGGGGCAGACUCAUCAAAGAAGAAGCUGUCAGCUGCUCGGAACCGGUACAAGAUGAUCUCUAACCUCGCUCAGAACUCAACUUACUGGAUCCUAAAGAUCAUUGACGCGAGAAAAUUCUCGGAAAGCGAGCUGCAGAAGAUUCUGGACAUCUUCAAGAACGUGCUCGUCGGGUACUUUGACACCAAGAAAUCACAAAUCAAGAUAGAGUUUCUGGAGGAAGUGUUUAGGAGGAGGCCAUGGAUCGGACACCAUCUCUUUGGAUUCCUUCUGGAGAAAUGCGAAAGCGCAAAGAUGGAAUUCCGGAGGAUUGAAGCGCUUGACCUGAUCACCGAAACCAUGAGGUCACUGGCUCGGGACGAACAACAAAGCGAUCGAGAAGCGUCGAGCAAAGCGAUGAAGACCCAUCUGCAGAAACUGAGUCAGUUGAUGAAAGCGAUCGCGUCGAAGAUGCCGGAGAAGCAAGCGAGGCGGUCUCAGGUGCGGAAGUCAUUCCACAGAAUCUUCCAGAUGGUAUCGAAGCUGAAGCUGACGAAGCAAUUCCUCAAGAAACUGGGAGAGGAUGGUCAGUCUGCUUGUGAAUCUUCUUCGAUCCGUGACCUGUUCCUGGAGUUCAGGAACACCGAGGAAUAGGCCAUGUCUGAAGGUGAACUUCACCUCCUGCUGCAUCAUUAACAAUGGCUGCUCAGAGAGAGAGAGAGGAAUUCAUGCAGAACAGAUCGUGGCAAUUUUUGUUUUGUUUUUUUUAUAUAUUCUUUUUCUGGCGAGGGCGACUGGUAUGAUCUGAAGAAGAACCGUGUAGGAGUUUUGGAUUUUGUUUUAGUUCAUUGGUUUAAUCUUCCA